UGUAGGUGGGGCUGGUCACGUGUACACAUUCUCACUUGAUCUGGUACUAGAAUAACUGGAGAUCUACUGAUUUCUUUGGCCCUGAAAUGGAGGAAGAGAAAUUUAAGAAUGAAGGAGAACCUGCUAAAGAAGGAACUAAUGAAAUAGACACAGAUCUUGACAAAUUAUUGGAUGACUCAUUAAACGAGUUUGGUAAGCAUGUUUCAGCGGGUGCUGGUGCGUCAGGAGGAGAGGGAGGAGUCAAGCCAAAGUUAGGGCGUGACUUGUCAAGAGUAGACGAGACUGAAGACCCAACCCUCAAGGAACUGGAGAAAGUUUUUGGAGAAGAAAUAGCAGCACAAGUUGAAGGUGAAUUGAACGAAGCUAUUGAGCUACUUUCCUCUGAAAACCCUGAACUAUUCAAGCAAUUUGAAUCAUUUGCUGAAAGUCUAAAACAAGAAGGCAUGCCAGCCCCUCCCCCUCAACCGGCUCCGCCCCCUCGAACCAAAGGAUCACUAGAAGUGAUACUAGAGGAGACAGUGAGGAGGAUACAAAGCGGCGGGGCCAGUUCCGAGGGGGACAUCCCUCCUAAACUGGCUAGUAUGAUGAGUGACUUACAGCUGGGGGAUUUCCCUGAUGGGGAUGGGACAGAGGAUGGUAUCAUGGCCGCCAUGCAAGGAAUGAUGAACACUCUUCUCUCAAAAGAAGUUCUUUACCCUUCGCUGCUGGACUUUUGUAAUCAAUAUCCUGAUUGGCUCCGUACUCAUGGGGAGAAGUUGUCCCCAGAGGAUAAGGAAAGAUACUCGAAGCAGUAUGAGAUAAUGAAGACAAUUUGUGGUGAAUUUGAAAAGGAGACAUCAGGAGAAGAGGAAGAAUCACGAAAACAAGAAAAUAUUCUUCAACUAAUGCAGCAGUUGCAAGAUUGUGGACAGCCUCCUGAUGAUUUAGGAGGUGGUCCAAUCCAGCCUCCAUUACUGGGACCUGACGUGCUCCAAUCACCUAGCAAUGAACAAUGCUCAUUAAUGUGAAGAUUAGUAUUGAUUGUAUCCUAAUCAUUGUGUGUGUUCAUUAUUUUAAAUAAAUUAUGAUAACAUAUCUA